CGGUCUUCUUCUUCUUCUUCUUAUUCUUCCUCUUCCUCUCUCUCUCUCUCUCUCUCUCUCUGCACUCAGCCAGGAUGGCGAUCAGCAUAGUGGACUACCAGCUACCGUACGACACCCACAACGAGUACGACGUGACGUUUUACGGCGACAGAAUCCACACCAUGCUCACCAACAGCCCCGCCAUGGUAGAAUCCUGGCUCUCCACCAUCACCCUCGCCAACCCCAACCACCGCAUCGUCGGCCUCGACGUCGAGUGGCGCCCUAACUUCAGCCGCAACUCUGACAACCCGAUCGCCACCCUACAGCUCUGCACCGGUCCCAACUACGCCGGCUCCCUCCGAAUCCCGCCCGGCACUGUGCUUCCCGGCGUCUGCUUGGACCCCAAUUGCCUCAUCUUCCAGGUCUUACACUCAGAAUCGAUUCCCCAGUCCCUAACCAACUUCCUCGCCAAUCCCGCCUUCACGUUCGUCGGCGUCGGGAUCGAGAGCGAUUGUGAGAAGCUACUUUUGGACUACGGGCUGCGGGUCGCCAAUGCGGUUGAUCUUCGGGGUUUCGCGGCGCUUAGGUUGGGGGUUUUGGAGCUGGGGAACGCCGGGUUGAAGCGGUUGGCGAGCGCAGUGCUGGGGAAGGAGCUGCAGAAGCCGAAGAGGGUGACGAUGAGCAGGUGGGACAGUCAGUGGCUUACUUAUGAUCAGAUUCAGUAUGCUGCUGUUGAUGCUUUCAUUGCUUAUGAGAUUGCUAGGCAAUUGAAUCUUAGGGGUGCUUAGUGGAUUGCAAUUCGACAUUGUUGCGGUGAGAAUUCAAAUGUCGAUUUUCUAUGGCUUUAGCACGAUUGCUUACAAUGUUGGGUAAGUUUAGAAAUUUGGAUUACAAUGCUGGUUUUAAUGGACCUGAAUUAGGGAUUUCGGUCGACAUUGUGGAUAACUUUUCGGGUUGAUGUGUGUUAGUUGCACUUAUGAGCUUGUUUAGUUACUGCUUUACUUUUCUCAUCUGAUCAGAUGGUUCUGACUUUGGCUUAUGUAUAUACAUAUAUCGUUGUUUCCUGA